AUGCAUUCCCUUAAUGAGGAAUGCACUGAAAUAGUAGCCGUUGCCGGAAGCAGAAGAGUGAUUGAUGGAGAUCUGAGGGAUACAUACUUUCCGACUAUUGAAGAGCAGACAUUGAGUGAAUGUCGGUUCGAGGAAAUACUGAAGGAGAAGGUAUUGCCGAUGGCCAGGGUGAAGAACGCUGGUACUGAAGUUACCGCAAAGGCGACGAUGCGUCGUGAAACGGAUCGUCGGUGUAAAGCCGUGAAGCUCUGUAGCGAUGAAGCUUCGACUGCCUUCUUCCUUGAGAUUUAUACAUUCUCUUCCCUGGGUGGAAUGUCUGGGCGGUUGGAAUUUCCUGUUCAUGCUCUUGGAUCCGUUCCAAUAUCUUCAUUCUGGAAUCCCGAAUGUGCCAACUUCAAUAACAAAAACAGUAGAAUCAACAAACAGUGA